AUGCCCGCAUCGGAAACUACCAAGACAAAUGUCCACAAUGGCACAUCGAACGGCAAUGGGGUAAAGAUUGAGAAAGGAGACCCCCCUGUCCUGCACGUCGUGGAUAGUCGUACUGGGAAUUACUAUCCCAUUCCCAUUGUCCACAAUGCUAUCAGUGCCAGCGCGUUCAAGCAGGUCAAGGCGCCUGAAAAUCCAGAGCACCCGGAAGAUCAAGUAGAUCAGGGCAUUCGAGUUUUCGAUCCCGGAUUCUCCAAUACUGCCGUCGGCGAAAGCCAGAUCACAUUCAUCGAUGGAUUGAAAGGCACGAUUCAAUAUAGGGGAUAUCCAAUUGCGGACAUUGUCGGCCACAAGAAGUUCAUCGACACGGCCCAUCUUCUCAUCUGGGGGAAUUGGCCCUCUCCGGAUGAAUCUCAGAACCUGCAAAAGAAAUUGAACAACGUCCCAUUAGUUGAUGAGUCUAUUUUCAACGUGAUCCGCUCGUUCCCGCGAAGCUCGUCAAUCAUCGGGAUGAUGAUCGCUGGACUGUCUGCGGUUCAAUCGAGUCAAAUGGAUCGUAUUCCUGCUCAUGUAGCGAAAAACCUGUACCUAGGAAACUUGGAGCUAGUUGACGAGCAGAUCAUUUACCUCAUGGCUACCCUGCCCAUGGUGACAGCGGCUGUCUACUGUCAUCAUCUUGAUCGUCCAUUCACGCCACCAAAGCCUGGUCUGUCGUAUAUUGAAAACUUCCUGCUCAUGAUGGGCCAUGUCGAGACUUCUACCGGCCUGCCCAAUCCGCAGUACGUGGAUCGAAUCGAGCGACUCUGGGUGCUGAUCGCCGAUCACGAGAUGACCUGCUCAACCGCGGCUUUCUUACAGACUGCAUCUUCGCUGCCAGAUGUCUUUUCUUGCAUGAUCUCGGCGAUCUCGGCGCUCUAUGGCCCCCUGCAUGGCGGCGCCAUCGAGGUCGCUUACAAGAACUUUGAGGAGAUUGGAUCUGCAGAAAACGUUGCUGCAAAGAUCGAACGUGUUAAAGCGGGCAAGGAACGACUCUAUGGCUACGGACAUCGUAUCUAUCGAGUGACCGAUCCUCGUUUCACGUUCAUUCGUCAAAUCCUGGACGAGCUGGCGGAGGAAAUCUCCCGCGACCCGGUGCUGCAGAUCGCGUUCGAAGUGGAUCGCGUCGCGUCCCAGGAUGAGUACUUCACGUCGCGGAAAUUGCGGCCGAACGCCGAUCUUUUCGCGGCCCUCGUAUACAAGGCCAUGUAA